CCCUUUCGCUACGAGAGUAAGCUCCGUCCGCUCCUUGCAAAAUCAGAACUUCAGGUAAAGGUAAGACUUUGAGAGAUGGUUAAACACAACAAUGUCGUGCCAAAUGGGCACUUUAAGAAGCACUGGCAGAAUUAUGUCAAGACUUGGUUUAACCAGCCUGCAAGGAAGACCAGGAGACGCGUUGCUCGUCAAAAGAAGGCGGUGAAAAUCUUUCCUCGCCCGACAGCGGGGCCGCUUCGCCCCAUUGUUCACGGGCAGACUUUGAAGUAUAACAUGAAAUUGAGGGCUGGGAGAGGCUUCACUCUUGAAGAACUCAAGGCUGCAGGCAUUCCUAAGAAACUAGCACCAACUAUUGGCAUUUCUGUUGAUCACCGCCGUAAGAACCGAUCCUUGGAGGGUCUUCAAGCUAAUGUUCAAAGGUUGAAGACAUACAAGGCCAAAUUGGUUGUCUUCCCAAGACGCACACGCAAAGCUAAGGCUGGUGAUUCUGCUCCGGAGGAACUGGCAACAGCAACCCAAGUACAAGGCCCCUACAUGCCUAUCACUCUUGAGAAACCUACUGUGGAGCUUGUUAAGGUUACUGAAGAUAUGAAGUCCUUCAAGGCAUAUGGCAAGCUGCGUGUGGAGAGGAUGAACACACGCCAUGUUGGUGCCAGGCUGAAGAAGGCUGCAGAGGCUGAGAAGGAAGAAAAGAAGUAAAGUUGUUUGACUUGAUUACACAUAAUUUUGAAGUCUGAUG